AUGUCUGAAUUUGUCCACUACGAGGUUGUUCUCACUUUGAAAGAUAAUAGUACGGCAAGAGGAACUAUAUCUCAUGUUGACAAUGAACUGAUUACCUUAUCCAAUGCCUUGACCUCAACAGAAAGGAAGAUCCAGCCAGUGAUCCAGUUUUUAAACAGUCAAGUAACCGAUUUGAAAGUGUCACAGCUUCCACCGUAUAGGCCAAAAUCGGGCGAGCAGAAAAAAAACAAGAAACUGAAAAACGAAGACAUUGUGGAUGAUGCAAUUGUUUACUCAUCAAAACCAUCGCGUUCUAACACACCCAAACCCGAAAAGUUAAAGUCCAAGCCAAAAGCAAGAAAUGAAGGGUCUGAUCUAGAACCCGAAUCCAUAGAAAACGUCAAGAAUGCAGAGUUUGACUUUGAGGCUAACUUGGCUAUGUUUGACAAGAAAGCAGUUUUCGAGGAUUUCAAAAAGAAUGACCACACAAACAUUAGUGACAGACUAGUGGGGCAAAACAAGAUUGAAAAACCGGCUAAGCAAAAGAAGCAAAAGUAUGAAAAUGAUGAGAUGGUAUUGAAUGAUGUCGCCAAAGACAAUUGGGAUCAGAUUGGCAAAUCUCUUGAAGACUCGAGAACAAACACACCAAAAUCUGAUGCUGCCAAAAAUCAAGGUAAACCACAACCGAAUCCCACUGACGCCAGAAAUAGGAGCUAUAAAUUGGUCAAUGCUGAAAACCUAUCCUCCAUCCAAUCAGCUUCGCCUGUUCAACUUUUGGAAAUUGAGCGUUUAUCAUCGGACAAUUUUGGUAUCACCCCGGCGAUGAUGGCUGAGAUAUGUGCUACAAAUUUGAGUAAGCUUAUUAUUGACCGUUGCCUUGGUGGGUCUGUUAGAUUGAGCAAUAAGAAGAACCACAAUUUACCUCCCUUGGUUCUUUUGUUGAUUGGUAGUGGAAGAUGUGGAAGCAGAGCGUUUGCUACGGGCCGUCAUUUAAGUAACCAUGGAGUAAGAGUCCUAGCAUUUGUAAUUUCGUCAGAUGAAUCUGACGCCGAAUUGCAUCAUCAGUGGAAGAUAUUUGAGUCCGUUGGGGGUAAAGUAGUUACAUCCAGUUUCGACCUCUUGAUCGACAUAAUACGAAACCAGUUGAACACUCCGGUUGAGCUAAUAGUGGAUGCCCUUCAAGGAUACGAUGACCACUUGGAAGAUAUAUUUUACGAACCACACGACAAGAAAACUUUAUCGGAUUUGAUCAGUUGGUGUAACUCAUCUGAGCAGUCCAAAGUUAUGUCAUUGGAUAUUCCAUCAGGAAUAGAUGGUGGCUCGGGUAUCCCUGACGACGAGUUGAAAGUUGAUUGUUCUUGGUGUAUUUCCAUGGGUUUACCACUCAAUGGUAUUCUUUUGGCUUACAAAAACAACUACUUAAACGAUGAUAUUGUACACUAUUUAAUUGAUGUUGGCAUUCCAAAUAAGGUAUUCCAAUCCAAACCAAAUUUAAGGAAAUUUGACAACUUUUGGUACACUGCUGAGUCCUCGAUUAAGCUAGAUGUUGAAAGUCUGUAG